AUUCCAAAUACACGAAGCCACAACCUUCAUCUUCCUGCCGUUAGGAUUUGCUUCCAGCGUAUACCCAUCUCGGUUUCCUAUUGCAGUGUUGGACAGAUCACCUGUCAUGUCUCAGCAACCAAUGCCAGACGAUGGCGUCCCCGGGGAUUUCGAACACCCCAAUCAGAAUCUACGUCGGUCCAUCAUCAUCGCGCUCUACUUUGCCUUUAUCCUGUCCACAACUGCUGUCGCCCUCCGGCUUCUAGCGAGGAAGCUAAAUGGCACCCGACUAUACUUGGAUGAUUAUCUGAUUUUGAUCGCUCUUCUUUUCAAAUAUGGAUGCUCAAUCGGAGUUACGAUCCUACUUUUCAACGGGCUGGGCUCCCACAUCACCAUGAUUCCCCAGAAAAAUCUCACAGUGUAUCUGAAGAUUGGAUGGUCCAACCCCUUGGUUUACACCAGCUGCAUCGCCUUUAUUAAACUAUCCGUCCUGGCACUUUAUAAGCGCUUAUUCUCCACUCCGCGUAUGAUUCUCGCCGCCAAUAUCGUCGCCUGUUUUGUCAUCCUCUGGGCCCUGAGCGUUUGUGUGGUGGGGAUCUUGUUGUGUCUUCCGGUCAACAAGUUUUGGGACCCAACGGUGCCAGGAUCCUGUCUCGACUCUGCCCAAUAUUACUAUGGCCAGCAAAUCCCAAACAUCUUGACCGACGUGGUUCUUCUCAUAAUGCCCUUGAAAUGCGUAUGGGCACUACCAAUCUCCAGGACCCAGAGAGUGCUGCUCUCUGGUGUGUUUGUCACUGGUGGCUUAACCCUAAUUUUCGACAUCGUCCGUCUCGUAGCCAUGAUAGACCUUACACGCUCUGGUCCUGAUGUUACCUACAACCAAGUCCCCGUCGUGGUGUGGACCUGCAUCGAAGCAACAGUAGGAAUUAUCGCCGCCUGCCUGCCUAACCUGAAGCCACUCUUCAAGCUCAGUCGGGGCAGUUUCUGGUCCCAGCUGCGAUCUGGCACUGGUCACUCCAAUCAGCCUCUCAAUCCGUCGUCGCAGGAACUGUCCAUGGAAGAGAACAACUAUGACCCUUACUUUGCCCAGACUAACAUUUAUGCUCGACACAGCGUCUCCAUUCAUUAUAGCAAGCCUUGAGGACUUUUGCGUUUUGUUAUCUUUCCUUUGUUCAUCGCUGUGACUGAAAUAACCCCUUGCCAGUCGGGCCAUAGCCUCUUACAACCUAACUCUGAACAUAAUCAUUUAUAAUUUGUGUAUAAAAGUUCGUUGUCGCGAGACAAAAAGAAAAAGACCCAGGAAGGAAAAUCUCUUGUAUGUACAUAGCCAAUUGAGCCAUGAUUAC